AUGGGCUGCCACACCUGCCUACUUUGGCUGCUGUUCUUCUGCGGUGUGAUUCUUCCUGAAGCAGAAUCUGAAAACAUUCUUACAGAAAGUGAAACUUCAAGAGAUUUUGAUGCUGAACUCUUAACACCGUUUCCUGGUGGGAAUGGCCAGGAGCCACUGGUGGGGCCCCAAGGUGGUGAAAAUCCAGGAAACAUAUUAUUAGUUCUGCCUGCUGCCAUCUCAACUCAACCAUCUUCUAAACUGGCCUCAAGUUCCACUGCAUCAGGAUCGCUGGAUGGUGAGAAGUCACCAAGUGUCCUGUCAGUUCCACCUGUGGUCGAUUCAUUGCCCCUUAGUCGAAGGGCACAGCUCAGCCUCCAAGGUGCCGACAGUUCACCAGACCACACUCCAGGACUAGAUCCCAAACCAUACAAACCAUCAGGAGACUGGCUCCCUGUGCGGCUGGCAGGCAACCAUGGGAGAUGUGCGGGCCGUGUAGAACUCUUCUACCAGGGAGUCUGGGGGACUGUGUGUGAUGACCUCUGGGAUCUGCCAGAAGCAAACAUCAUCUGCAGGCAACUAGGGUGUGGCUGGGCUAUCUCUGCCCUGAGCGAAGCUUACUUUGGGGAAGGUUCCGGGAAGAUUCUUCUUGACAACGUGCAUUGCAAGGGACAUGAGGAUCACCUGGAGGAAUGCUCCCACAUUGGCUGGUUCUCCCACAAUUGUGACCACACUGAAGAUGCUGGUGUCAUCUGUUCAGAUGCUGACUAUGUAGCAAGGACACAACCAGAAUCCUCAUUCGUUGUCAUGGAUGAAACCAUGGUUUCAGAAAGGUCUCGCUGUGGUGGUGUUAUUACCAAAGCACCUGGAAAAAUCAAGAAUCCCCCAAUGAAUGAAAUGCAUGACAACAUAACCUGUGUAUGGGAAAUCAGGGCGAAUCCCUCUGAGCGUAUAAGGCUGGCGUUCCCAUCUCUUGACCUUGACUGCACCAACGAGUAUUUUGAAAUCCUGGAUGGCCCUCCAUCUUCCGCGGAUUCCCUGGGGAAACCCUGCAGCGGGUUCCAUAUGGCCUUCGCCUCCCACUCCAGCUCGAUGACCCUUGUGUACUUCCGAGGCAUGAACAACAUUGGGAAAAAUUUCAUGGCUUAUUAUUAUUUUGAAGCCAAAGAGAUGACAUCGAAGACGCCAUAUCUGAUCACCAUCCCCACGGCAGCUUCCAAGACGGUAACGGAAAGACCAAAACUCUCAAAUCCUGCACAGCCUACCAAUACUUCCAGUGGGAGUCUCUCACUUCUUCCCAAGCCUGACCCAGGGGACUGGCCAGAGCUGCGGCUGGUGGGUGGCUCCAAUCGGUGCUCAGGGCGUGUGGAGAUCCUCUACCAGGGAGUCUGGGGCACUGUGUGUGAUGACCUGUGGGACCUGAAUGAAGCUGAGGUCGUCUGCAGACAGCUGGGGUGCGGAAAGGGUGUGUCUGCCCUUGGCAAGGCCUACUUUGGCCCUGGUUCAGGAGAUAUCUUCCUAGACAACUUCCAGUGUGCUGGGGUGGAGCACUUCCUGGGCCAGUGUGCCCAUUCGGACUGGAGAGACCACAACUGUGGCCACCAUGAGGAUGCUGGUGUCAUCUGCUCAGAUGCUGACAAACCUCUGUUGAACGUUCCAGGAGACUGGCCAGAACUUCGCCUGGUGGGUGGCUCCAGCCGGUGCUCAGGACGAGUGGAGGUCCUUCACCAGGGAGUCUGGGGCACUGUGUGUGAUGACUUGUGGGGUUCAAAUGAAGCUGAGGUUGUGUGCCGCCAGCUAGAGUGUGGUCAGGCUAUUUCUAGUCUCGGUGAGGCCUACUUUGGCCCAGGCUCAGGAGACAUCUUCCUGGACAACCUUCAGUGUUCUGGGAUGGAGCAUUACCUUGGCCAGUGUCCACAUUCAGGAUGGUCAGAACAUAACUGUGGCCACCAUGAAGAUGCUGGUGUUAUUUGCUCAGAUUCAGAUGGCCCCCCUCCACCCAUGCCACCAGGUCCUCCUCCAGCUUCUCGGGAUCCAAUAACAGGAGGAAGCAACUCUUGUGGAGGGGUCAUUUCCAGUCUCUCUGGCUCAUUUUCCAGUCCAAGAUACCCAGAAAACUAUCCAACAGACAUCCAAUGUGUUUGGGAGAUCCAUGUGGAGAAAAACUUCCGCAUAGAACUCAUGAUUCCAAAUUUGAACCUGGAAGAUAUCCUUGGAUGUCCCUACGACUCAAUUGAGAUCUUCGACGGCCCCAGAAUUGCAUCACUCUCCAUGGGGAAGUUCUGUGCCCCGUCAGCUGUGGUAUUUUUCUCCUCCUCAGACAUCUUGACAGUGGUGUUCCGAAGCGAUUAUAUGACAACAAACACUGGCUUUUAUGCUUUUUUCAAUGCAAUUUCACAAGAUGGAAGGAGGUCAGAAGACAGACUAGUGCUGCGGCUGGCAGGCAGCUCCGGACAGUGCUCGGGACGUGUGGAGGUCCUCCAUCAGGGGGCCUGGGGCACUGUGUGUGAUGACUUGUGGGACAUGAAUGAAGCUGAGGUCAUCUGCAGACAACUGGGGUGUGGCCACGCCAUCGCUGCUCCUGGAAGUGCCUACUUUGGCCCAGGCUCGGGAAACAUCCUCCUGGACAACAUUCAGUGCUCAGGAAAGGAGAACCACUUUGGCCAAUGCCCCAGCUCUGCCUGGUUAGACCACAACUGUGGCCACCAUGAAGAUGCUGGCGUUAUCUGCUCAGAUGCAGCGGUAACUCCUCCACCCUCAGAAGGAAGUAACUCCUGUGGAGGAGUCAUUUCAAGUCUCUCGGGAUCCUUCUCCAGUCCUUGGUACCCUAUGAACUACCCCACUGACACGGAGUGCAUCUGGGAGAUACAAGUGGCUGAGAAGUUCAACAUAGAGCUAACAAUCCCCAGCCUGAAGCUAGAAGACAUUUAUGGGUGUCCUUAUGACUUUGUCGAAGUGUUUGAUGGAAAGCAUGUUGCCUCACUGUCCAUGGGCAAAGUCUGUGCUGGGGCAGAACUCACUUUCCUCUCCUCUUCCAAUUCCAUGACAGUGGUGUUUAAAAGUGACGCCAUGGUCACCAACACAGGGUUCUAUGCUCUGUACAACACUGUUCACCAAGACGAAAGGCAGAACGGUCUGGCCUUGAGACUGGUGAACGGUAGCCACAGGUGUGAGGGCCGAGUAGAGAUCUCUUACAAUGGUACCUGGGGCACAGUGUGUGAUGACAGCUGGGACCUGACAGAUGCCAAGGUGGUGUGCCAGCAGCUUGGCUGUGGUGUGGCCAUGUCAGCCCCAGCUGAGAGCUACUUUGAGAGAGGCAUGGACCAUAUCAUGCUGGAUGAUGUGCAGUGCAUGGGGGAUGAAGCCAAGGUGUGGCAAUGCACACAUCACGGAUGGUUCUCCCACAACUGUGGGCACCAUGAGGAUGCCAGCGUGGUUUGCUCAGGUGUUGAUGCCACACCAAGCAGAGGACCAGCAGAUUUUUCCAGUGACGUCAUGACAGAUGAAAAUUUCCAAUGUGGUGGUUUGCUCACAAAUAGUUCAGGCACCUUCUCCAGUCCUUGGUAUCCUAAAAAAUAUCCCACCAAUGUGCUAUGUGCCUGGGACAUACAAGUGGAUAGCAGCGCUCACAUCAGACUCACCUUUGAAGUGGUCAAGAUAGAAAACUUCUAUGGCUGCCCUUAUGACUUCAUUGAGAUUUUUGAUGGUCCACAAAGCGAAUCAUUUUCCCUGGGGAGAUUCUGCUCAGAAACCAUCCCAGUAUUUACCUCUUCUUCAAGCCACAUGAGUGUGGUGUUCCACAGUGAUGACAUUGUCACCAACUUAGGAUUCUAUGCAUCUUAUGAGUCUCUGUUGCAAGAUGAGAAAGACCCAGAUGUGGCACUCAGGCUAGCAAAUGGCAGCCACCCAUGUGAAGGCCGUGUGGAGCUCUACUACAACAGCAGCUGGGGCACAGUGUGUGAUGACAGCUGGGACCUAAGAGAUGCCCAGGUGGUGUGCCACCAGCUGGGCUGUGGAGGAGCUGUGGCAGCCACUGGCCGAGCACAUUUUGAGCGAGGCCUUGGUCCCAUUGUCCUGGAUGAUGUUGAAUGCAUGGGAACGGAAGCCAGACUUUGGCAAUGUCUGCACAGUGGCUGGUUUGCCCACAACUGUGGCCACCAUGAGGAUGCUGGUGUCAUCUGCUCAGCAUUGUUGGUAAAGCAGCCAGAGGUGUCCACUUCAACAGGUCUGGAUCUGCGGCUGGUGAACGGGACAAGAAGGUGCGAAGGCCGAGUUGAGGUGUACUAUGCCAACACCUGGGGGACUGUGUGUGAUGACAACUGGUCCAUAGAAGAUGCCCAUGUGGUCUGCAGACAGCUGGGCUGUGGUCCAGCUUUAUCUGCCCUGCCAGGCACCAGUUUUAGCCCUGGGUCAGGCAGCAUUAUCCUUGAUGAUGUCAACUGCACAGGAAGGGAGUCUUCCCUGGCACAGUGCCCUCACAGCGACUGGCUCACCCACAACUGCGGGCACCAGGAAGAUGCUGGUGUCAUCUGUGCAGAUUCUGAAGCUGUCGGACAUCCAGCCACUUCAGCUCCUGAGGAACAUCCGCACCGUUUCCAUCCAAUAGAUCUGCAGCUGGUGAGACUGGUCAACGGGAGAAGCCAAUGUGAGGGCCGCGUAGAAGUCUACUUCAAUGGGACCUGGGGGUCUGUGUGUGAUGAUCUUUGGGGCAUACAGGCCGCCCAAGUGGUAUGUCAGCAACUGGGCUGUGGGAUGGCCCUGGCAGCCCCCAGGAGCAGCCUGUUCGGCGAUGGCUCUGGCCCCAUCUUCCUAGACGACGUGAGAUGCUUGGGGACAGAGAGCAACCUAGGGUACUGCCGCCACCUCGGCUUGGCUGUGCACAACUGUGAUCACCAUGAGGAUGCAGGAGCCAUCUGUUCAGCUGUGGGCGUUGCCUCAGAUUUGGCAGAAGUGGCUCCCGUAGUUGGUCAGCUCAUGAUCAGGUUGGUGGAUGGAAAGAACCGGUGUGAAGGGAGAGUAGAAGUCCUCCACAAUGGCACAUGGGGCACUGUUUGUGAUGACCUCUGGGGAAUCGAGGAUGCCCACGUGGUAUGCCGGCAGCUGGCCUGUGGGAAGGGCGUCAGCGCCCUUGGGAAUGGCCACUUUGGAGAGGGCGUGGGGAGCAUCUUCCUGGAUGACGUGCAGUGCCAGGGCAGUGAGACCUCGCUAGACCAGUGCCAGCACCAAGGCUUGUCUGUCCACAACUGUGGCCACCAUGAGGACACCAGUGUCAUCUGCUCAGCAUCAGCCACAGAGAUGACAACUUCACCUGUACCUACCUCAAGCCCAGCGGCAGCUUUAGUCCUCACAGCUGGCAUCACUACCACUUCAGUAGAAGCAGCUCACCUGUCAUCACCUGACAAUGGCCUCUGCCCACCACACUGCACAGGCCCUUUGGCAACUGCUCCAGAUAUAGCCACUCCAGUUGAUGCAUCUCCAGUCUCAGAAGGAGAGGAAACACCCCCAGAUGCAUCUUCAUCUUCCAAAGAAGAGGAAGCAUCCUCAGAUGCUUCUUCAUCAUCGGGAGUGACCUCCUCUGACAUUUCUUCAACCUCAGCAGAAACAAGCUCUUCAAAUGAUGCAUCUUCAGCCUCCACGGAAGAUGCCUCCUCUGAUACAUCUUUAACCUCAGCAGACGUGGCGAGUGGAGAGCCAACUGGUGCAUCGUCAGCCUCAGCAGAAGAUAACUCCUCUGAUGCAUCUUCAGGCUCCGCAGAAGAUACCUCCUCUGACACUUCUUCAGCCUUAGCCGAAUCCAGCUCUUCAACUGACACUGCUUCAACCUCAGCAGACUCAAGCUCUCCGAAUGAUGCAUCUACAGUCUCCGCAGAAGAUACCUCCUCUGACACUUCUUCAGCCUCAACAGAACCCAGCUCUCCAACUGAUAUGUCUUCAGCCUCAGCAGAAGGGAGGAGUGGAGAGGCAACUGAUGAAUCAUCAGCCUCAACAGAAGAGACCUCUUCAGAUGUAUCUUCAGUCUCCACAGAAGACACCUCCUCUGAUACUUCUUCAGGCUCAGCGGAAUCCAGCUCUUCAAAUGAUAUGUCUUCAACCUCAGCAGAAGGGAGGAGUGGAGAGCUCAGUGAUGCAUCUUCAACCUCUGCAGAAGAGAUAUCCUCUGAUACAUCUUCAACCUCAGCAGAAUCGGGUUCUACAACUGAUCCAUCUUCAUCCUCGGCAGAAGAGGCAAGCUCCUCUGAUACUUCUUCAACCUCAGCAGAAGCGAGCUCUCCAAAUGAUACAUCUUCAGCCUCAGCAGAACUGACCUCUCCAGGCGACCCAGUUCCAACCCUGACAGAAGUGACUCCGCCACCUGACCUGCCUCUGCGCCUGGUAGGCGGGCGAAACCGUUGUGAGGGCCGGCUGGAGGUGCGGCACCAGGGGGUGUGGGGAACCGUAUGCGACGACCGCUGGAACAUCAAGAAUGCCCGAGUUGUGUGCCGCCUCCUGGGCUGUGGUCAUGCUCUGGGCGCCCCUGGCAGAAGCCACUUUGGGGCAGGCACAGGCCCCAUCCUGAUGAAUGAAGUGCGCUGCUCCGGCAUGGAGGAUUCUCUGGAGAGCUGUGCCCAUGCUGGCUGGAUAACGCACAACUGCCACCACCGUGAGGAUGCCAGUGUGGUCUGUGCAGGUCACGCUGACUCUCUUGUGCCCAAGGAUAAUGCUCAGCUGUCCUGUUUGCCUCACCUCUUCCAAGCUGUCAUUGACCGAGGUUAUCUCCGGAGAUUAGGCUACUCCUCCUGGGACAUCCAUUUAAAUGAUAGGAUGUGUCGCCCCCAGGUCACUGGGCGUUACCUCAUCUUCAAUAUCCCUUAUGGCCACUGUGGCACCAUCAGGCAGGAGCAUCAAGGCUCUCUCAGCUACUCCAACUCCAUCAGAGGCAGAACUCAAGGCCACCCUGGCCGAGUCAUCGUGAGGCACAAGGUGCCCCAGGUGAAGUUCACCUGCAAAGUGGAUGGCCAGUCUGCAGUGGGAAUUGUGCAUGCGAGUGGCACUCAGAAGGACCAUGUCAGCUACGAUGUGUCGAUUUCAUUCCUCCAGUCGCCUGCAUCCCAGAAUAUGGGGGUUGGAGCUCCUCCUUAUACCCAUCAGAGGGAAGAGGUCUUCCUGCAGGCCACCCUCCACAGCCACAAUCCCAAUCUGAGGCUCGUCGUGGAUACCUGUGUGGCUUCUCCUGACCCCAAUGAUUUUACAACUGUCAAGUAUGAACUGAUUCAGGAAGGGUGCAUCAAAGACAAAUCCUACUCCGACCUGCAUACCUCUGGGAAGAACGUGGCCCAGUUUAAGUUCAACGCCUUCAGCUUCCUCAAAAGCUACGAUGUGGUCUACCUGCAGUGUAAGGUUGCUGUCUGCCGAAUAGGAGACCACUCGUCCCGAUGCUCACAAGGCUGUACAGGGCGGGGGAGGAGAGGCACAGGCUCUGCAGAGGCCAGAGAAGAACCAACUGAGUACUUCCAAACAGUGGGGCCACUGAAGAUUCACAGAGCAGGUCAUUAGAGCAAGGCCCUGGUGUGA